AUGAGCGACUCUUUCGGCUACCACCCACCGAUCGACACAUCGGGUCAAACACCUUCGAGCUCAGCAGGUACACCUAACAGCCGAGGCACCAAGCGCAAAGAUUCCGACAUGGAACCUGCCAUGAAGAACGAUUCCAGCCCGCAUCUGACAUCUCAUAUUACCCAUGAUAGCCCGCUCAACUAUGCUAGCGAUGCACCCAAUGGUAAAGACGCUUCUGCUACUGGCAAGUCUACACCCAACUCCGCUGAAAAGCCUUCGGGAAAGCGCAUCAAGACAGCGCGUGCCUGCGAUUCGUGUCGUCGCAAGAAGAUCCGCUGUGAUGUUAUCGAUGAUGGCGGUCCACCCGCUGGUUCCAUCAACAAUGGAAACGGCGGUUUGGUUUGCGCCCACUGUCGCCAGUAUGGCUUCGAGUGCACCUUCUUCCUUCCCAUCACAGAGACACGCUUCAAGAAGAAGUACCAGAGGGAGGCCGAAGAGGCAGCCGUUGCAGCCGCUUCUGGCGUCAGUAGCAUGAUGCCCGGUGUAGUACCGAUGCAUGCUGGCGGAUACGCUGUCGGACAUCCCGCUUAUCCGGGCGGAAUGGUCACACAGCCGUACAUGGGUGCUCUUCAUAACCCGGCUGGUUUCCAUGCUAUGCAACAAUUCGCACCCAAUCAGCAAGCAUGGCCUAUCCCUGGCUUGCCGCAUCAUGUACAGAGCUCCCAAAGAGGCGCUCAGUCCCAAGCUGGCACUCAGUUGCAACAAUCGCAGCGAAGGAGUCCAUCGCGCACACCGCCUCCUGACACUCGUGUGCUAGGACCCACUUCGAUCGCCUACAUUGUUCACUCUACCGCUUUCAUCCCAGGCGCCGCCAUUGAAGCUCACGACAUCAAGCACAACCAGACCUUCGAAGUCGGUGCAAGUGGCGAUGGUAUCAUCCGCUUUCACCGAGCACGCAGAGACGCUGGCGCCUCUGAAGCUGGCAAAGACGGUGUCGGUCUCGCUGAUCCCGACGAAAAAGAAGUGACGCGCAUCCCUGGAUCUAUCAAGGGUCGUCUCGCAGGAGAUGUAGCAGAAAAGCUGGCCAACACCUACUUCGAGAAGAUUGCAACACUCUUCCCUGUCGUCACAAAGUCCGAGUUUCUUCAUCUCUCGCCAACACCACCUUUGUUGCUCUAUGCCAUAUGCGGUGUAUCGGCACUGAGCCGAGAUGUGCCGAAGGAGGUCCUUGGCGCCGUAAAGAUGACGAUCACCGCGCUCUUCCGCGAGAACGAUUUCCUCUCCUCGUCCAACUCUGUUACUGUUCGCGCUUUGCUGGUCAUGUCAUUGCACGCUGAUCUGCACGGACCUGCUGCUUUGCAAAGCGGUACACGAUGCUGGAACCGUACUGGUGCUGCCAUCCGCAUGGCGCAGGAUCUUGGUCUGCAUCGUGAUGCCAGCGGCAAGGACGACUUCUCCCAAGAUGCAUUCUUUCUCGAGCAGAAGCGCCGUAUCUGGGGAUGCUGUGUGACAGCCGAUCGACUUCAGAGUAUCUCGCUCGGUCAUCCCAUGAUGAUUGAUUUGACCGACUGCGACGUACGCCUGCCCUCGCCUUACGAGAUCCUUCGAUCGUCCCAUGACUUACCCUCUGAUCCUGCCACCAAACGACCUUUCGCAUACAACACCGAAAUGCUCAAGCUCACUAUUCUCUUCGGUCGAGUCAUGAAAACCAUCUACAGCCCGACCGGUCUCAUGAACGCCACGGACGAGGAGAUCUUGAGCUUGCUUCGAGACAUCGAUGCUUGGAAAGCAGCGCUGCCCGAAGAACUCAUCUUCAAAGGCGCCGACUCGAAUGCACCAGCAGGUAUCUUGCACGUCGGCUAUGCGUGCUUGAUGAUGCUCUUCUUCCGCGUAUUCAUGCGUAUCUCGUACAUUUGCCCGAUGCAUCUCAAGUUCAGUCUGACAAUCGAGAGGAUGAGCUCUCUCAUCCAGUACUCGACCGAAGCCAUCUCAUGGGUCGACAAGAAUGACUUCUACCUCGACACGAUGCAGAUCGUCUCCUAUUGCCUCGUCUCGUGCGCGACUGUUCAGUAUCACGCUUUCAUUCGUCGUGGAGACCAGAACGCACAGGAUCAGCUCAAGAAGCUCAACAACAUCUUCGGUCGCUACCGCCGCGAGAACCACGAUGCAGAUGACGUCGGCAUGCGCGGCAAGGCUGCGAGUGUCAUCUCGUUACUUUGCGAUAGCGCUGUUGGUGUCUAUGCCAACACACCUUCGAGUGGAACACUCAACCCGACUGCUGGUGUUACCAACCGCAAGUCUCGAGAGAAUGUACGCGGGAUAGUCUUCAAGUCGGAUGCCUCGAGACCGGGUGGCGGUGUCUACGUUGCUGCCGAGCAAAGGUUGGUCUUGCGUGACUUGCCAAAGGGUACGAUUAUCAUGCAGGAGAACCAGGAUGGCCGUCGCAUUCCAGCGUUGGUGCGGACUGGAAACGACCAGAACGGAGGCUGGCAGACUUACGACCAGUAUCGAGCCGCUUUGGGCUUGUCCAUCAACAAGGACGCUCCAGAUGGCUUUGCAGCAACUUUUGCAAAUGGCGGCUUUGCAAUGCUCAACUCGGUCAGCACAUCCGCAGUGCCAUCGCAUUCUGGCGCGGAUGCAUCCGCAUCGACUGCAGCAGUUUCUCAGCCAACUGGCUCGUCGACGCUGACGAGCGCUGUUCCACCCUAUGCCAAGUCUGCUCCUACUGACACUAGUGACAUGACAUCUAGCGAUGGUCCUGGCGCCGACGCAUUGCUCAACCUCACGCAUCUUGGUGGCGACGUCUAUCAAGACGCCGAAGGUCGACCUGUCACACGCUCGGGCACACGACUCUUGACAAUGGUCCCAAUCGUACUGGACGCCAUGGGCGCGAGCAACUCUUUCCUCGACCCCAACCUCUUCGGAGCCAUCUCCCAGUCUGGAUCCAAGUCCGACAUCUCAGCAACCGGCUCUGGCAAGAACACCAACUACUUCAGCAACAUGACCAACCUCGGUUUCAGUUCAUCAGGCACGCAGCUUUCCGUGGCCAAGAACGCCAUCUCCCCCGCCAGUCCCAACUUCAACUUCAACCCUCAUCUCAACAACGCUUAUUGGGCUCCAGCAGACGUCUUCGACCCAAGCAGCAAUCUCAACUCAGAUAGUGCUGGGGGAGCUGGCGGGACUGCAGGCUCGAACGGCAAUGCUUCAGCUGCAAAUGAUGCAGCCGGGUUGUUCGGGUCUAGGAUGGACGCGAGUAUGUUAGAUGGCAUCCCUGGGGCUCCGUUGGAUUUUGCUAACUGGGAUGCAUAUUUCAGUGACAUGAAUCAGGGAUCUGGCGAUGGAAGCGGGAACAAUCAGCAGUCGAUGAGUGGACAGAGUGGGCUUAGCUCGCAACAGCAGCAGAGCAAUGGUGAGCGAGGUAACUUUGCAAGCACUGCUUUUGAAAUCGAAGCUCAGAUGAUGGAUGCUGGUCGGUUCUAA